CCGGUUCAUGUAAACGCCGGUAGUGUCAAAGCGAGUGCACUACCCAUUGCCGAACUAUGAUUCUCAUUAACUUAGUGUUUGUGUACGUAUCGGCGAUUUUCCUCCAAAAUGCGGCAGGUGAACCGCCGAAGUUUCGAAUUCUGGCACCCGCUUUUGUCUGUCCCAAAGACAAGGAUGCUAUCAUAGACAAGCCGGACAAUACUGUUAUCACUCUGCAGACAGACCCAAGUAUAAGAGUGGAGUUCAACUGGGUGGUGCGCUGGCACCCGCUGGUUGCGCCCACGCAGCGGUUCACUCUCGAGCUCUGGCACGCCGUCAGGGAGCUCGAACUCAAGCUCAAUGGACCCCAGCUGGAGACCAACGUCUUCGUUAUUAAUAAUACUGAACUGCUUCCCGGCGUGAACUACAUAUUCAACGUCACAGCCUCCACAUACAACAAUGACGAGGUGUCAGAACAGUCGUUCAGCAUCGACAACAGCCAGGGAGACAGCAAGCUGCUCAUGGAGGGUCGGUCUGACUUGUUCUCCAUCGUGCUACUGGGGGGACAGGUCACGUAUGCCGAUAUAGACUUCGUGCUCGAAGCUGAGGUUACUUCGUGUUAUAGGAGCCAUGACUAUUAUUUUGUGUGGACAGUAACGAGUGCUCAUCACAACGUGGCCGUGUCAGACGUGAAGGGCUCCCGGCUGCUCAUCCGCGCCGGCACCCUCACUCCUGGACUAUCCUAUGACGUCCUCUGUCAAGUGUACAAGUUCUCUAACGGGGAGUUUAUCACACAGGGUAGUCUGCCAUUCCGUGUGCUACAUAGAGGUCUGAGUGUGAACUUCAAUGUUGAGAUGUUGGUGGUAUCUAUUGAAACUCCUUUCAAACUAUACACGGAUCUCAAUAAGCUGGAUUACUUGGAUGAUGGGAUGACUAUAGCUUGGGAAUGUACAUUCGGCGGAGAGCCAGUCGAUACAUUCUACGAGACUGAUGACGAAGGGACGCUGUCCUUCCCAUCGGGACUGUCUUACGUGGGCGAGUACCUUAUAUCGUUGACAGUGAAUGUCGCGGGCCAGACUGCAGGAGAUCAAGUUAUAGCUCGCGUGAAUACCGUCGAAACCAAUCUGCCUGUUAUCAGGAUGUACCAAAUGUUCCGAAUUCUGAACGAAGGCAGCGUAGUGACAAUGAGGGCUAACGUAAGCAACAUGGUGCCAGGGUGCUCCGUCAUUUGGUACUUCAAGAGCCAACACUGCUUAGUGUCAGAGUUCUCAACUGCCACCGACAUCUGCGUUGAUAAUGAGCACGGCUCACCAAUAUCGGCGCCGGUAAACUUUUAUUCCCUCGAAGAGAACUUUUUGAGCGAGCUGACAGAUUACACCAACGAGACUGGCUGGAGAUCUGUUUACGCGAAUGUGGAAGCCGCUGCGGGUAGAGUGAGGGUAGUAGCCGAGUGUAAGUGUCAGGAGACGAAGAAAGAAGACAACUGUACUGCUGAGGGAGAGGUUUAUGCUGAUGUAAUAUUCAGUCUGAAUGAGAGACCACAAGUUAGUUAUGUGCUGGUGAUUCCAGAUGAAGGGACAGCAAUGGAAACACUAUUCCGGCUCAGCACGCGUCCCGUGGUGGACGAGAACAUUCCUCUGCGUUACUCCUUCUACUGCAACUUGAACAACAAUGAAACACUACUCAUGGGGACCUUCCUCGAGCACACCGCUGUUGAAGUUCUGUUGCCUUAUGUUGAGGGUGGUACAUUUGUGUGGGUGGAGGUGUGUGACUCGUUGGGCGCUUGUACCACUAGUGGGACAACUCUAGUGCCGAUGUUGCCCGGGAAGGCGCGCACGGUAGACACGGUGCUGGAGGAUGCGCGCGCGCAUCUCAGGCGGUGCGAGCUGAUGAUGCUGAGGAGGCUGGCUGCGGCUGCUGUUGUUACUUAUACUAAUGCCAGCCAAGAAGAGUCCCUCGCAAAGUUUACAACAGCCUUACUAAACGCGCUAGGAGGCAUCGACGACCGCUGCAUCGAGACCAACUAUGACGACUACACUGACUUCAUGUCCUGGCUGCAGAAUGCUGCCGGCACUGACACCGCCAAGUUCAUGUAGUGCACCUUGAGGAAUAAAUAGUCUUCAAAUAGAA